AUGGUGCUCAGGUUGGUCAGGAAGAAUUCUGUGGCUCCAAUGGACAUGAAGAAUGCUAUAAUAAGUGGGUACAUUAGCGGACUUGUGAGGAAAGUGACGAUUUUUUGCUGGUACGUUCUACUGGAGACCGAGAUCUGGUCAUCCAAUUGGACGUAUUCGAGAUCCUCCGUUGCUCUGAACGAGAACGGUGAUCCGGGGGGAGAUGCGAGAACCACUCCUGCUCCCGAAAGCAGGGGUGAUGCGUCAAAGUUGCUGAAAUGGUCAACUUGGAGCUCUUUUUUCUCUGUUCUGUCGGUGAUCAUGCAACCGAUCAUGGAAAACACCGAGCUGGCCGACAGCGAGUAG